AUGCUAGGGUUCGCGAUUCUCAUAUUGGCAGUGACAGCAAAAAUAUCUGCGAGAGAUACGUCAUGCGCAAACAUUUCGUCUUCAUACCAGUCAUGGGUCGCUCAAGGAGGCACUGGCACCUUUGCGGGCAUUGCGGGAAGUACAGCAUAUGACUGUUUACAAUCAAUGCCUUUCCAUCCACCAUUAGCCUUGCAGUUUUUAGAGGAAUAUGGAAAGUAUCUCCAAUUUCACUCAACCAUUAACGUAUUAAAACAUGCUCCGAGUAGCUAUCUCUCGCCACGUAUUAAUCUUCUUGAUCAGAUUCAGAAUAUUAAGAAAAAAGUUAAAAAAGGGGUUUAUACAUCCCAGUUUGACUUCGACUGGGAUUUAAGUAGAUCAAUCUCUAAGGCUAACGAUGGUCACCUUGCAUUAUCGCUCUGUUCCCAGCGCAUUAUGCACUUUGAGCAUGAAUUACCUCUCGUCUCUAUCUCUGAAGAUGGAUUAGAGCUUCCAAACAUCUAUACUUUUCAUGAUGCUAAGCUGAAGCUGGAUGGUUUCACUCAAAUUUCACCAGUUAUAGACAUCAACGAAGUCGACGCUCCAUACUUUUUAGAGGCCAGUUAUGCCAUCAGGCUUGGAUACCAAGAUCCAGAUGCUCGAUAUAAUCAUUUGUUUGUGUCUCCCUCAGCAAACUUCUCCGGCAAAUACUCCGGUGGAACAUGGACAUCCUUACUAGGUUUAUGGCCCGGGGCUUCGCAUCGUCUUCGAUUUGCUAAUGGAACAUCACUUAAUAUUGAGACUACGGCGUCUUGGCCAAGUUCAAACGGUCCCAUGAACUUCUCUGAUGGAGACUCGCUAUUCAAAGCUGCAUGUUUACCACCUCUACACACGGUUCCCGCCUUUGGAUCUUUUGAAGGUACCUACGGCAUCUCUUCACAGUUUGAGGCUCCCCCAAGUGGCACUUCAGAGUAUCCAGAACCGAUCAUUCGCGAGCAACAUGAUAGUGUCCGUGGUUAUUAUUUGGAUAAUACCAGCUGUGAAGAUAUUGCAGUCCUUCAGGUACCCAACUUUCGUGUUGGCCAAAAGGCUGCCGACUUCGCCGCAGUCGUGGCUCAGUUUGUGACACAAGCUGCAGCAGACGGUAAGAAGAGGCUCAUACUGGACAUGUCAAGUAAUCUUGGCGGAAAUGUUGCAACAGGGUUCAAUCUUUUUCGGGUUUUAUUCCCGAACAAGCCGAUUUAUUCAGCAACUAGAUUCCGCGCGACAGAACUCAUCGACUUCAUGGGCCGGAUUUUCUCAGAGACAUACAAGACAGAAAAUGCCUCGCUGGAUCUCCCAUUUGUCGGGCCACUUGCGGUACACGUUAAUGGGACGGGCAAGAUUGGCUCUUGGAAGGACGUUUACGGUCCACACGAACUCCUUAGUGAUCAAAUGUCUAGUUUAUACGGCGUCUUUGAUUUGAAUAUCGGCUCUACCGCCAAUGAUCCCAUCAAUGGCUACGGCGGUAUUACAUUGUUUCCAGAGAAGCAACUGUUUAGUGCAGAAAACAUUAUCUUGCUGACGGACGGCAAAUGUGCAUCUACGUGCUCCAUUGUAGCCAAUCUUCUCAAAGCACAAGGCGUGAGAAGUAUCGUCUUUGGGGGAAGGCCUCGUUACGGGCCGAUGCAGACCGUUGGAGGUGUUAGGGGAGCCCAAUACUGGGAUUUGGAGACCAUCAGUGAGUACGUUGAGCGGGCGCGUGAUAUAGCCCUCACAGCUCUGGCAUCGGGUUCUCCAAUCCUCUCAUCUACGGAAAUACAAAUGUUUGAGGAACUUGCGCCUCUUCCACCGGAGAAAUUUCCACUCCGCCUUGAUACAUACGAGCAAAGCGGCAUCAAUAUCCGUAACGCCUAUGAACCAGGAGAUGACUCGACGCCGCUCCAGUUUUUGUAUGAUCCGGCUGACUGUCGUCUAUUUUUCACGGCUGAGAAUUAUAUCGACCCUGCGACAACAUGGAUUGCAGCCGCAAAUGCCAUGUUUCUAAACGGUUCUUGUCUGGAGGAAGCAUCGCUAGGCGCGCCUGAAGGAUUGAACAUAACCGCGACAAAGACAAAAUGA